CACAAACAUACAAUUCAUGGGGAGAUAAAGAAAUAAACUAUGCUCUCUCCUUCAAGAACCAUCUUAACUACUACCAGUAUAUUGGCAAUAUUGCUGAUAUAAUAUGACUUCAUGUCAAAGCAUACCCCACCCACUACAAUGAUACAAUUUCUUCAAAUUCACUCAUCUACUCUAUAUAAAUACAUACAUACGUUGACUCUGUCGUGCGAUGUUGUAGUUUUUGGUGAUGAUGCCGACGAUGAGUUCGCGAUGUUUUGUUGAUGAGAAUUUGAGGGUUUGGGUCUGGGCUUUUUUAGUGGAUUAAAGCAGGGAAGAGGAGGGGCCUUUGCUUUCUUUUCAGAUCUGAACUUCAGAUUUUAUAGCCAUUGGGUGUGUAUGUGGUUGAUGAGAAUUGAGAGUUUGGCUCUGGUGAUGAAGGGUGUAGAGGUAGAGGAUUUGAUUGGAAAUUGUGGGAUUGAUGGGAAUAUUUUUGGUGAUUUGAAGAAGGGUCGCAGCGUUCGAUUCAGGUUGGAGAUGUUGACAACCCUAGUAAUGACGAUUAUGAAAACCCUCAACACAGAGGAUGAGAAAAAGAAGGGGGCUCGCGCUGAGAAAGUAAAAGAAUCUCAAAAUAACUCAAACGGUUGCUAUAAUUUUCUUUUAAAACCCAGUGCAAAACGGGUCGUGGCGCAGGGUGUUUUCUUAUUUUUCGGUUCCAUCCAGUGGGAAGUUUUGUCAAUCCUGAAUUUCAGUAUUACAAUAGUGGGUAAUUUUGAUUUUGUAAUCGUGAAAUUCACAAUUAAUAGUGAUAAACUUCACCUGUUGGUGGUUCUGUUUCCCAGAAGCAGCGGAUCCCGCGUUGAGUAAACUACUCGAAGGUUCACUUGGCGAGUCAGUAGGCGGUGGGCACUCACUCAAGCCUCCAAAAGAGACUUUUGCAUCAUCUGCAUUUCCACAUACCUUCUCAAUGUUGCUCCAUUAAGAGCUUUAUAACUCCAUCUGAUCCUUCACGUUUGCAGAGACAUCAUUAUUGUCAAAAGAUUUUCGAGUACGUUUUUUUUUAUUAUUUUGCAGCUUUCUUAAUUAUUAAUUCAAGUUCGUAGAUUGAAGUUCAGGGAAAAUUCGGAAUUGAACAACAAAAUGAAGAAAAUAUUAAGCUUACAUCAAAGGAAAAUUCUUGAUCCUGAGGGGUCAUUUCUUCAGAAGUGGAAUCAAAUAUUUGUACUUUAUUGUGUGGUUGCAGUGUCCUUCGAUCCGUUGUUCUUUUAUAUCCCUGUGAUUAAUGGCAAAGACAAGUGCCUCGAUUUGGACAAGAAAUUGGAGAUCACCCUUUGUGUUCUUCGUUCUUUCACUGAUGUAUUCUACGUACUGCAUAUUGUCCUUCAAUUUCGUACUGGGUUUAUUGCUACUUCCCCUCGAGUAUUUGGAACAGGUGAGCUAAUUGAAAAUCCUGAUGCUAUAGCCAAAAGAUACUUGUCUUCCUACUUCAUCAUCGAUAUUUUAUCAAUUCUUCCCCUUCCACAGGUGGGUCUUUUAGCUGUGACCCCCAAAAGAAAGAUCCCAAUUCCAUUGAUCUCAAUGAAUUGGAUGGAAAUUGUCAUUCUCUUACAAAUCAUACCAAGACUUUACCGGAUCUAUCCACUAUAUAAAGAGGUGAAAGGAAUUUCUGGCAUAUUUACUGAAGUAGCAUGGGCUGGAGCUGCUUUCAAUCUAUUUCUCUUUAUUCUGGUUGGUCAUGGACUUGGAGCUUUUUGGUACUUGAUCAGUAUACAACGAGAAUAUAGUUGCUGGCGCAUUGCAUGUGAGAGACAUGAAUUUAGCUACGACUACUUGUACUGCGGAGAACAGCGUAUAGAAGACUAUGCAUUUCUAAAUGUUUCUUGCCCCCUUCUCGAAUCAAAUGAAAUAAAGGAUGAAACGGACUUUGACUUUGGGAUAUUCCUUGAGGCUCUUCAGUCUCGUGUGGUGGAAUGGAGAAAUUUUCCACGGAAAUUCUUUUACUGCUUUUGGUGGGGUCUGCGAAAUCUAAGUUCUCUUGGACAAGACCUCAAAACAAGUUCUUUCAUUGGGGAGAUUCUCUUUGCUGUUUUUAUUUCCAUUCUUGGAUUGGUUUUAUUUGCGUUGCUCAUUGGCAAUAUGCAGAAAUAUCUGCAGCCUAUAACUGCUAGAAUAGAAGAGAUGAGAGUACAAAGGAGGCAUUCAGAGCAGUGGAUGGCCUACCGCAUGCUCCCUGAGGAUAUGAAGAAGCGGAUUAGGCGGUAUGGAAAGUACAAAUGGGAUAGAAGCAAAGGUGUUGAGGAAGAAUUCUUGAUUCGUAACCUUCCUAAGGACAUCAGGAGGGACGUAAAGCGCCAUCUUUGCUGGUCUUCAGUCAAAAGAGUUCCAAUAUUCGAGAAAAUGGAUGAACAAUUGUUGGACGCAAUAUGUGAUCGUCUCAAGCCAGUUCUUCAUACAGAGCAAAGCUUCAUAGUACGUGAAGGGGAUCCCGUUGAUGAGAUGGUCUUUGUCGUGAGAGGCAAACUACUGAGUACGACCACUAAUGGUGGGAGAACUGGAUUUUUCAACUCCGCUUAUCUUAGUGCUGGUGACUUCUGUGGAGAAGAGCUUCUUACAUGGGCUUUGGAUCCCCACUAUUCGGCCAGUCUUCCCCCCUCAACCAGAACAGUACAAGCCGUGACUGAUGUUGAAGCUUUUGCUCUAAUGGUUGAUGACCUAAAAUUUGUGGCCUCCCAGUACCGGUUUCUUCACAGCAGACAACUCCAGCACACUUUCAGGUUCUACUCACAACAGUGGAGGACAUGGGCAGCCUGUUUUAUUCAAGGAGCAUGGCACCGAUAUCGCCAGAGAAAGCUUGAGACGUCAUUGCGUGACGAAGAAAAUAUACUACAGGAUGCGUUGGCAAACAAAGUUGGAAUCUCACCAAGCCUUGGUGCCACCCUUUAUGCAUCAAAGUUUGUCACCAAUGUACUACGAGCCCUGCAGCGCAAUCAGACGAAAUUGCCCCACAGAUUGCCGGUUUAACUGCUUCAAAAGCCAGCUGAGCCCAAUUUUACUACGGAAGAUCAUUUAAUAAGGUGUGUUGUUCCUUCUGAUCCUUAGAAAAGUUCUGUGUAAUUUAUUCAGUUUUAAGAGGUCUUUGUUUAUGACACGUACUUUCGAUAAUUUAAUUUUUUCACUUCAA